AGCUUUGCCCACUACAUAUAUAUGUAGGUCAAGGGUCAUGAUAUACUCUACGCAUGUCCGAAGAUACCAUGAUUCGAACAAGUCCUACUGCCAUUACCUAUUCAUAUGCCUGCAGCUGAGAUAAGGUAUUUCUGACGGGCUCGAGUCUGUUGACAACAAACCUCGGAAUCCCGUCAAUUCAGACGCGUGCCAAGGAAGGAGCCAAAACGGGACAUUUGGCGCGUGACUAUUCAAGUAGCAGACGUUUUACACCAUGCAUUUUCCUGCGCGGCCAAAUAAAUCAUGCUCCCGCAACCGAGCGUAAGCUUCACGCUUCCCAGCGUUCACGAUGGUACCGAGCUCGACUGUAGGCUUUUCCACCCAUCUACCGGCCCCUCGCAUCCCGGCCUGCCUUGGUCGGGCCACGCCGCUGUCGUUGCGCCCCCAUAUGCGCCUUUGGGGGGCUGUUAUAACGAUGCCAUAGUCGAUGUUGUCGCCGGAACCCUCCUACAGGUAGGGUAUCUCGUAGUUACGUUCAAUUUCAGAGGCGCUGCAUCAUCCGCAGGACGCACUUCCUGGACAUCUAAACCAGAGCAGGCUGACUACGUCUCUGUCAUUGGCUUUCUAGCUUACUAUGUUCACCACCUCGACAGACUCUCAUCUAAUGCUCAUGAAAUGGACCCAAGGCCUCUGCCGACAUUGCUAAUGGCAGGCUAUUCCUAUGGCGCCAUAGUCGCAAUGAAUCUCCCGCACCUGGAUACCAUUCUGGCUCAUUUCGCAACACCCGCUAUACAUACGGCCGAAGCUGAUAUCCGCCUGCGCGCCGAACAUCUGGCCGAGGCGCACAACAGCCUCCCUGCCAGUCCUGGCUCGCCCCAGAGAUCACUAGGUGUGCGCUUAGGCGGAGAUGAGGUUAUCUCGGAGAGAAACCAUGAUGGCCACGGCCCGGUGUCCGAUUCCCACCGCGAGGAACGAAUCCGAGAAAGCGUCGGGCAUCUUCUCUCACGUGCGAAGCUAGUGCAUCGACCGUACCGUCGCUGGCCAUCAUCACAAGAGGCGGCGGCCGACGAUGGAGACGAAAUGCAUCAAUGCUUAGACGAAGUGCCCGGAGGUAUCAGGUUCCAGAGCGCCUAUCUCGCCGUGUCACCCCCCGUCGGUAUAAUGGCUCGACUAAUCACUUUUUCUCUGUUCAAUCACUUGUCGCUCCCUUGGGCGAGGAGACCCCGGGCCGUAGCUGCGGACGAUACACCGCUCGCGUCGAACCCUACUCUCGUCAUUUACGGCGGACAGGACGGAUUUAUCAGUUAUAGCAAGAUGCGCGAGUGGACUUAUCAACUUUCUAGUGCUAGCGGCUCGCAGUUCCAUCAUGUGGAAGUUACUGAGGCCGGGCACUUUUGGGCAGAAGGCGAUACGAUUUAUGAAUUGAGAGAUGUCGUCGGUGCUUUUGCGACUGAGCUUGCCGAUUACCAUGCGGAGUCGAAUUCAACACCUCAAGGAACGUAAGAAUUGGGGAUUGAUGAGAGCAGAGACAACAGCCUUGGUUUUUUUUUUAAAGAUAAGAAUAAGGUUAAAAAAAUCUUUAUUAUACUUAAAAUAUUAUUAGAAUUGACCUUGCUUCUUGGGAUGAUAUGAAGUGGGCUACUAGAAAUUUCAAAGUCUUUCCGCAUCUGAUAUGCAUUGAGGAAAUCUAUUAUAUAGAUAGAAUAGGUAGUUAACUAUGUGGUACUGGUAUGCCAGUACACACUACGUAGGUUGUGGUCGCAGAUUUCCAUCAGGCUUGGCACUAUAAGCCAAUAGGUAGUAUGUGAUGUGGUGCGGUAUAGUGGCUGAGCACGGUGUCACUUGACUAUUAAAUUUA